GACUAAAGCAGGACUAAAGCAGGACAGUGCGAUGGUUCGUUUGGCACUGACAUGUCUGAGAUGUACUUGGGCACUGGGUCGUGGAGAGACUCUUGAUCCUGGGCACAUCCUGCUCUGAAACACGUGGAUUUUCCUGCUCCGCUCAAGACUUUUCUUUUCCCCUAAACUUGCAAACGGCGCUUCACCUGAAAAUCCACUGACGACGACCAUGCACGCGAUGGAGCUGCGGGGGGCACGAGGACGCAGGAAAACAGCGCGCGGGGAUCUUCACAGGCUGGACCCCGAAGUCUUCCAGAACCAGAUCCACAGAAUUUAUUCAAGCAUGGACCAAGACGGAGAUUUCGACGUUUUCUAUGAAAAUGACUCCGACUCGGACAAGAAAGUGAAAUGGACCCCAGACGAGGAUGAAAACCUCAAAAUCCUCGUCAAUAAGUUAGGAAAAGACUGGAAAACCAUUUCCACUUUUUUACCUGGGCACUCAGAGGCACAGUGCAUGAACCGAUGGACCACAUGUCUGGAUCCAGUUCUAGUGAAAGGCUACUGGACCGAGGAGGAGGACCAGCAGAUCAUAGACCUCGUGGCCAAGUUUGGGACGAAGAGCUGGCCUCUCAUCGCCAGACACCUGCAAGGGCGCCUGGGGAAGCAGUGCCGCGAGCGCUGGGUCAAUCACCUGGACCCUCUGGUCAACAAGAGCUGCUGGACCAAAGAGGAGGACCUGAUCAUCUACAAAGCCCAGGCCCAGAUUGGAAACCGCUGGGCAGACAUCGCCCGGCUGCUCCCAGGAAGAACAGACAACUCUGUGAAGAACCACUGGUACUCUACCAUCAAACGCCUGGCAGAGCAGGGCGAGUUCAAGAAGGAGGACCUGGACUUGAAGCUGGACUUAAGGAAGCUACGGAAGGGAAAGGAAGAAUUUAAGUGUGAUGUUGUUUUAGACACGGAGCCCAUCACAUCCAAAACCAAUGAGGAGACUCAGUCCGAAUCAGGGGAGCCUCAGAAAGCCAAGCCAAAGCUUCUAGUGCCUCCUGCUAACAACCUCUCAGCCCAAGGUCCACCCAGCUCUAAACCUGAACCAGGCUCUAAACCUGGUCCCGCCUCCAAACCUGGUCCCGCCUCCAAACCUGGUCCGGCCUCCAAACCUGGUCCGGCCUCCAAACCUGGUCCGGCCUCCAAACCUGGUCCGGCCUCCAAACCUGGCCCCGCCUCCAAACCUGGCCCCGCCUCCAAACCUGGCCCCGCCUCCAAACCUGGCCCCGCCUCCAAACUUGAACCAGGCUCCAAACCUGAACCAGACUCCAAACCAGCUCCCAGUCCCAGACCCAGUCCCAGCUCGUCUCCAGGCACGGCUCCCCCAGCAGUGGACCACAAGAAUUUGGAGGAGGCUGCUCUGAGGAUGAUCUCUGAGGACAUGCUGCCUCUCAGUUUUGUGGAGGGCGCGGGGUUCCGCUCCUUCAUGGGCAUGAUGUGCCCUCAGUACAGCAGACUGUCCCAGAGGGCACUGGGGCUGCGUCUGUACGGAGACGUGGAGAGGACUUAUAAACCUCAGCUCAUCCGGGACCUAAAGGCCUGCCUGGCUCAGAGUCAGGAGGGAGAGGGUUUGAUUCAUGUGUCUGUGGAUCUGUGGACGGGCUCUGGCUCCUCUCCUCUGGACGAGCCCAUGGUCUUGGUCCAGCUGCACUUCAUCAGUGAGUCCUGGCAGCUCCGACGGCCGGUCGUGGCCUUCAGACACCUGAAGCAUCAGGACCUGAGCACAUCACUGCCUCGAGAACUGGAGGCAGUGCUGUUAAGCUACGGCAUCUUCCCCCAGCGCAUCGGCUACAUCCUGAUGAACAACGCCAAGCAGGCGCUGGCCGCUAACAGCCUCUUCUGCGACUACAAGCUGCUCCUGAACAGGGCAGAGGUGGAGGGAGAGGAGGUGGUGUCUUUUCUCACAGACCAGCUCUCUGAGGAGGACUCUCCGUUCUGCAGGCUUCAGAUGGGCUCUGGGCUGAGCUGUGUGGGCCACACACUGCAGCGGGUCAUACAGGAGGCUCUGAAGAGCUCCAGAGAGGUGGAGGACCUGCUCUCUCAGAUCCAGCACGUAGUGACCUUCUUCAGGACCAAGACCUGCUGGAGCGAGGUGCUGAUGAGGGAGUGUGGGGCCCCCUUGUGGCCUCCGCCCGGCAGCUGCAGGUGGAACUCCAUGCUGUUGUGUGUGCGGCGGCUGGCGCAGGAGUCCACGUGGAGCAGUGUGACAAGCGUCCUGACCCAGGCCCGGACAGAGGCGCGAGAUCCGGCUAAAGCCCCGCCCCUCCUGUCAGUCACACGGGAGCAGGUGGAGGACGUCCUGGGACUGUUGAGGCCCUUUGAGACGGCCCUACAAACUCUCCAGGGUCACAGCGCGUCCCUCUGCAGUCUCGUCCCUUCUCUGCUGCGGCUGGACAGAGCUUUGAGCCUCAGUAAGAGCAAAUACACAGACUUCUGCCGAGCUCUGAGGACAGGUCUACACUCUCACUGUCAAACCCUGCUCCAUCACAGAGACGUGCUCUUCGCCACGGUGCUCGACCCCAGGCUCAAACUGCAGCCGUUUUGUGAGAAGACCGAGGAGGAGACUGACUUCCUAACUCCACCAUCCAAGUCUGAGGUCACUACCAUCAUCGAAGCAGCUUUAUGUACUGUCCCGUCUUCAGACCAUUCUUCUGUGGAGGAGAACGGAGACCGCACCAGCCCUGCCCCAGAGUCUUCAGCCACUUCUUCUUUGGACAUGAAUGGAGUCGUCACCAGCUCUGCUCCGGAGGUGAAACAAGAGAGCCAAGACACGCCCACACACCCACCACCCAGCGCCAUUUCAGACAACGCCAACCCCGAGAACAAACUCAAACGCAAGUCUCCAUGCAGCGUGCCCCAGCCUCCCCAGAAGUGUGUCAAAGUGUCAGAACUAGAGGCAUACCUGUCCGAAGCGCCCCCUACUGGAAGCUCCUGUGUGGCGUUCUGGAAAUCCGCGCACCGUUUCCCCGGACUGCAGAGGUUGGCGAGGAGGUUGCUGGCUGUGCCGGUGACCUCGGGGGGUUUGGACAGGCUCUACCCCAUGUCCCUGUGCCUCAUACGGGCUAGAAGGAACCGUCUCCCCCCAAACACCACAGAGAGGCUGCUGCUGUACAAGGACGCAAUGAAAACGAGCGCAGUGAGGAAGCCAGCGAAGAUAUGAACUGAGAUAUGUGUCUGAUUUUGAGCCAGACUAUCACUACUGUAACUCGAGUUUGAGAAUAAGGAAUAUACUUGAUGCUCAGUACGGAUUCUGAUAACACGAUGAUGAUGAAAAAACUGUUUAUAUGACAACAGAAUGUGAUUUUUCAACAUUAAAUCACAGCUCUUCUUUU